AUGAAGACCGGUUACUAUGAACUUCUAGGGGUUUCCGAAACUGCUACGGACGCCGAUUUGAAGCGAGCGUACCGUAAGAAGGCUCUUCAGCUCCAUCCAGAUAAAAACCCAGACGAUAUAGAGGGUGCAACACAAAGAUUUGCAUUGGUGCGAGCGGCCUAUGAAGUAUUAUCCGAUCCCCAAGAACGGUCAUGGUACGAUUCGCAUAAGAAUCAGAUCCUUCGAGACGACGACGACUAUGGUACCGAGGACGAGGCAAUACCAUCCAUCCCCAGCAUUUCUGUAGAGGAACUUAUGAGAUAUUUCAACCCAGCAUUGUACACCAUUAUAGAUGAUUCAUUAUCCGGCUUCUAUAACGUCACCGAACGGUUAUUUGAGCGGCUUGCGGCCGAGGAGAUUCGUCAUGCUCGACUGCAAGGUUUGAAAGAAUACGAACUUUUCAAGGACGAUGCUCCAAACGUCAACGUUAUCGAUUCGUCUAUGCUCAAAUUUCCUCGAUUUGGAAACAGUGCAUCUGACUAUACCACCCAAGUAAGACGCUUCUACACGGAAUGGAGCAGUUUCCAGACCGUCAAGUCAUUUGCGUGGAAAGAUAGUUAUCGGUACUCUUCAGCACCCGAUCGCAGAACUAAAAGACUUAUGGAAAAAGAGAAUAAAAAGAUCCGUGACAGUGCACGAAAAGAGUACAACGAGACUGUUCGGAGCUACGUUCAGUUCAUUAAAAAGAGAGAUCCGCGGGUCAAAAGUGGAAUAAGUGAGUUUGAAAAACAGCGUAAGAAAAAGCAUCAGGAAGAGCUCGAGCGCCAGGUCAAAGAACAAAGAAACCCGAGAAUUACGAGAAAUGGCUAA